AUGUCACCACCUAAUGAACAAAACGGACGGCCUACUGGACACCAACUCAACACAAGUGACAACUAUGGUCGCAAUUCAAGUGCCCAUCAUGGCGACGAGAAUUACGAGUUGACAAACGGCAACGACAACCGGGUGGAACACUCGACCAGAAAUAUUAUCAACCAUGGGUUCAUGGUCCUGCACCAACCACGGCGCCACCCUCGCUUUCUCACAGCCGUGAUUCUCGUAGCAGUAAUCAUCUGCGUGGCAAUCAUCGUUCCGAUUGUUGUGACAGAAGUCAACCAUGACCAAGCACAGGAUGUGCCUCGAUCCAGCUCCACGACGUCCAACAUCGACAUUCUUGGGCGCUUCAAGUUCGUCAACUUUGACCACAUCCACGACUCAAGGUCCGACAUGUAUCGCAACUCGAACAAAUACCAUGACCUACAUGUCCGGAACAGUUCCAGUCCCAUGCAGCUGGGGUUGCCCCGGCGAUUGUUGCCAAAACGAUAA